CGGUUCUGUGUUCUGUGUUCUGCCGGCAGACCGCUCUCGCUAGCGAACCGUGUGGCACCCCGCGACACCGUCACUUGUUCCGUUCGCGUGCUCGCCAAGCCUACUACGAUGUCCUCUUCGCGGCUGUCGUGCCGCUUCGCGUUGUUUUUGGCCCUUUGCCUCGCGACUAUCGUUGAUGAAAUCAAAGGAUUGAGGGAUUCUUCUUGUCCUCGAAUAUGCAAAGAGAAUGCAUAUGGAGAUCCAGUUUGCGGUAGCGAUGGCAUUAUUUACCCAAAUAUUUGUGAACUGAAGAAAAAAACAUGUGGAAAAGGUGUGACACUGGCCACAGAUACAGACCUGUGCAAACGAUCUUCCGGCUCAAAAUGCGAUCACAAAUGCGGUGGCGAAAAAGAUGCUGUUUGUGGUACCGACGGUCGUACUUACUUGAACAAGUGCAUGCUACAAGUAGAAAUUUGCAGGCUUGGCAUUGAACUAUCCCACUUAGGUUCUUGCAACAAUAUCAGCGCUCAUAGGGAGAACUGUCCGGUCGAUUGCAAGCAAGCUCCAAAAGAUGGCCCCAUUUGCGGAAGCGACGGAAAUGUCUACAAAAGCACUUGUCAGAUGAAAUUGCUCACUUGCGGCCAAGGAGUGGUGAGAACGAACAAAAAAUACUGCCAAACGACUCGUCAUUGUCGUGAGUCCUGCUGGAGAAACGCAAAACCCGCCUGUGGGUCUGAUGGAAAAUUGUACACUAAUGUUUGUCGAAUGAAGUCCAAAAAUUGUGGGAAACACGUAUUUGAAGUACCGAUGGCAUAUUGUGCUACCCAGGAAAGAACUUCUCACAGCCUGACAUGUCCAACAGGUUGCAAAAACGAAUUGGAAAAACCUACUUGUGGCUCAGAUGGUUUUAUUUACAGGAACGAAUGUGAGCUUAGGUUACUUAACUGUGGCAACAAUCGCCGCGUCAGCAAAGUAGACUACGACAAAUGCCGCAACCGCCUGACAAAGUGCAUCAAACUGAAAUGCUCCAACGACUUCGACCCGGUCUGUGGGACCGAUGCCAGGACCUACACCAACCAGUGCCAGCUGAGCCUGGCCACGUGCCUCAAGGGGGUGCAGUUCGCCCACGUGGGCAACUGCACGAAGCUGAAGGAGCAACAAGCGUGUCCUACCGACUGCGCCAAAAAUAUAGGGGAAGAGCCUGUUUGUGGCUCAGAUGGAAACGUUUAUAAAUCAUCAUGUCACUUGAAGAUGGAAACAUGUGGCCAACUAGUGAUACCAGUACCGCCGCACCACUGUAGGGCUACUGCUUCUUGCAAUGAGAAGUGUUCCGACGACAGAAAUUUCGUUUGUGGAUCGGACAACAAAAUCUACAGAAGCGAAUGUGAAAUGAAAAGAGAUAGUUGUGGGAAACACAUGUAUGUGGUCCCGAUGAAACGAUGCAUCUCCGGAUUCAUUUUCAAGGGUUGCCAGAAAAUCUGCCCCACCUACUAUGAUCCUGUAUGUGGAACAGACAACAUGACUUACAGUAAUAUAUGCUUUUUGGAAAUCGAGAACUGCCGCUCCAGGUCUCUGGUAACGAUGAAGCAUAUGGGAACAUGCGCGGAACCUAUAAAUGAGAUUCCCAAAAAUUAUUUGUACUGAAAUUGUUGGAUUGGAGUGUUUUUCAAAAACCAUUGUCAGUAAAUGUGGUACAGAAUGAGUGUAUAAAAAAAUACAUAAUGUGGAAAACCAAUAAUUCUGAAAGCCCCAUUUUACUUUAUUAAAAAGUUAUUUGAGUUCUAUAAAAAAUA